AUGGCUGAAGCAGAAAAGCAACGAGAUUUAGAUGAGACAUCAAAAGAGUUAAUUGAAAAGGCAAUAGCUGUACCUCAAGAGAAUCGAACAAAAGUAGAUAAUUUAUAUUUUGAUGUUGCUGUUGGAUUCAAAGAAGGACAGCCAUUAGUGUAUAGAUUGAUUUGGAUUUGUUUUGUUGAAAGGAAAUUACGAUUAGUUCGACAUAGAAAGAUUAAAGAAGAGUAUGGAUUAUAUACAAUCAACUAUGUUUCAAAAUAUGAACUAAACAAAAUCAAAUUAAUUAUUGGGGAAAAUUUUGUUGUUAUUAUUCAACCACAAUCAUUAGAUGAUUUAAAUGCAUUAUUUAAGGUAUUAAGAACAGUUACAUUAAAUCAUAAUAUUCCAAUAACAAAAGAAGAGUAUUUAUUAGAUACAUUAAAUUUAAAAAAAACAUUUAUGGUUAAAAAAAGAGGAAAAACAUUUUGGAAUAAAAGAGUUCUUGAUAUUUAUAAUGGUGCUAUUUAUUUAUAUGAAAAUAAUAUUAAAGAUAUUCCAUUAACCAUUUUACCAAUUAACGAUUCAGUUACAAUAAAAAAACAAUCUAAAGGAAUAUUAGAAUUUGUUUCAUUAAUUCGUGAUUUAGUAAUUAAAUUUGAGAAUGAUAAUGAACGAGAUGAAGCAGCAAAAUUAUGUAAAUAUUGUUGUCAAUAUUCUAUUACACCAUAUAAUACACCAAUAAAAGAUUUCUUCUGUGGAAAUUUAAAUGAUUUAAUUGCAGUAUGCAGAGAAUUAUGUUUAAAGAAUUAUCUUUAUCCAGAAGAAGGAGAUCAAUACUUUCCAGUUCUUUGUGAAAUAUUAAAAUCAACAACAAAGAAAAGAUAUGCUACUAUGACUGAAAAAAGAGCAAUGACAACAAGAACAGAUGAUGCAUCAGUGUCUGUUACUGAAAAUAAAAAACAUCAAUCAACACAAAUUGACGAUGGAGAAGAAUUAGCUACUAUAGCUGAAAAAGAAGAUCCUAAACAAUAUUUUACUAACUUUGUAUCAAUUGGUAAAGGAGGGUUUGGUGAAGUAUUUGUUGUUACAAGAAAAGAUGAUGGUAAACAAGUUGCAUUGAAAAUAUUAAAACAUGGAGCAAAUGAAAGAUUUAGUAAAAUAGGAAUAGAAGUAGCACGACUAUAUCAUUGGAAACACCCUAAUAUUGUUGGAUUUGAAGGGUGUUGGAUAUUUGAUAAUAGGGUGUAUAUUGGAAUGGAAUAUUGUUCACAAGGAACAUUAAAAUCAUUAUUAAAAACAAAACAACGAUUUAAUGAACCUGAUACAGCUUUCUUAGUAAGAGAAACAUUAAGAGCACUACAAUAUAUUCAUGAAUAUGGAUUUAUUCACAGAGAUAUUAAAACAGCAAAUAUCAUGCUUUCAGCUACACAUGCAGUUAAAGUUAUUGAUUUUGGACUUGUUGUUCGUGCUUCAAAUAAUCCAUCAAAUAGAGCAGGGUCAAAAGCUUAUAUGGCACCAGAAGUUAUUAAACAAGAACCAUAUGAUUGUAGAGUUGAUAUAUGGAGUGUUGGAUGUGUAGCACAAGAAUUAAUUGAAGGAAAUCCACCAUAUAAAGAAGUAGGAUUAGUUAAAGGUACAUUUAAAACGGCAACCAUUGGAGCAAUGGGGUUAAGAAAUCCAACUAAAGUUUCUAAAGAGUUUAAGGAUUUCAUUGAAAAAUGUUUUGUCUUUGACUUUAAAAAACGACCUCAAUGUGAAGAAUUAUUAAAAGUUUGUUUAUUAUUUUGCUUAUAUGUUGAUCAAUGA